UUGUCCAGUUUCUUUCUCUCUCCAUAGACUGCACCAGUCCCCUGUGGUUUAGGGGGAGACAGUGCACCCUGUCAAUGAAUCUGACUUUGUCUCUAAACCUGGAUGCAGGAACCACUCUCAGGAUCCAGUGCCUGAUCUCCAACUUGGAAAAGGGACUUCUUCUUCUUUUCCAUCAGUGCAUGUGGAUAAGGAUGUGAUUUUUUUGGGGGGGGUACCAGAUGGCAUCUGUCUGACCGGUGAUCCUCAAACUGGGGCACGAAGAGUCGCACUGAUAAGCCUCUCAACAGGGUCUUCAUCCUCCUCAGAAUUUACAUCCUCUCAAAAUGGGAUGAAGAUAUCUGGCGGUGGCUAUUUUUGGACGGGGAGACCCCCAUCUUUUCAACAUGCCGGAAGGAGUCCUAAAAGGAAGCAGAAAGCGACCAGGUGAACAAGGUGCCCCCAGGCCUUCAUCUGUCAGUUCUCUGAGUGGAAUAGCAGCCGGGAUGUCUGGCAGCUGUACCUCCGUUAAUACCGUGUGUUCGGACAGCGACCGUCCAGUUAGUCUCAGCUCCUCCACCUCUUCGGCCUCCCUCCAGGAUAGCCACAGCUCAUUUGGUAGUAGCGGGACCCUUGGAUCUUCCCAGUACGGAGGCCCUUCCUAUCCUCAACAAAAUGGCAGCGAUAUCAGUCUUGACCUUACACCUGUGGCCCAGUUGGAAAUUGAACACAAGGUGCUGUCCAGUGAAAGAGCCUUUCUUGGCUGUACGUGGUCCCCGAUUUUGCGCAAAGCAAAGGACCCCAAGGCCAAGCUUUCCCACGUGGACAGAGUGGUGCUAGAAAUUCUGGAAACCGAGCAGGCCUAUGUCCGAGAUCUGAAGAGCAUCGUAGAGGAUUAUUUAGGCUGCAUUAUAGAUUGUGGUCAACUCCCCCUCAAACCCGAGCAAGUCAGCACUUUAUUCUGCAACAUAGAAGAUAUUUAUGAGUUUAACAGCGAGCUGCUCGAAGAGCUGGAGAACUGUACGUCAGCUCCCAUGAUUGCGGAGUGUUUUGUCAUGAGGAGUGAAGAGUUUGACAUCUAUACACUGUACUGUAUGAACUAUCCCAGCUCGGUGUCUGUCCUCCGCGAAUGCAUGAAGAACGAGGAGCUCGUGCAGUUCUUCAGAGAACGUCAAGCCGUCUUAUCCCACUCCCUGCCUCUGGAAACAUAUCUCCUGAAACCUGUCCAGCGUAUCAUGAAGUACCAUCUUCUCCUACAGGAGUUGGCUAAACACUUCGAUAAAAAUGUUCCUGGGUAUGAGGUCAUGGAGGAAGCCAUUAUCACCAUGACGGCUGUGGCCUGGUACAUCAAUGACAUGAAGAGGAAACAGGAACAUGCGGUCAGGCUCCAGGAAAUCCAGAGCAAGCUGGUGAAUUGGCAGGGUCCAGACCUGAGUGGGUUCGGGGAGCUCAUCAUGGAAGGGACAUUCCGUGUUCAACGUGUCAAGAAGGAACGAGCGUUCUUCCUGUUUAGCAAAAUGUUGCUUAUCACCAAGAAGAGGAUGGAUCUGUUCAUAUACAAAAUGCACAUCUUCUGCUGUAGUCUGGCCUUGACUGAGCAUCUUAAGGACAGCCUGAGCUUCCGAGUAUCAGACGUGACAAUUCCCAAGCACCAGCAGGUUAUUCAGGCCAGGAAUCAGGAGGAGAAACGUCUGUGGAUUUAUCACAUAAAGCGACUUAUUGUGGAAAACCACCCAGCAUCCAUUCCUCAAAAGGCAAAACAAGUUCUACUUGAAAACACAUUCCAAAACUCAACAGAUGUACUGAUCACUCCUGAAAGCCCCAAAUCUCCCUGGAUGGAGGAUCUGUGGACAUUUUCCCGUAAUCGAAGACAAUCUGAACCGCCUCAGUACAUGUGCAGCCCGGGAAAGACCAAGAAAUCGUUCACCCUCCAGAGCCUAAGUUCCAGCUCUCCGCACCGCCGGGGCCGCAGGCUAUCUGAGCCUGCCAAAGAGAUCCAAGCAGCAUUUGAGCAAAGUGGUUUGGUGAAGAUGAAACACGCCGGCAGCGAAGGAGAACUUUUCCCAUCCACUACCUCUCUUCAGUCAGCCGACAGCAUAUGCACUCUGGAAUCCUGUAUCUUGGAGGCCACGGGCGAAGGUGAAGGCUGCGAUGAGGACGGCGUUGAGGAUUCGUCCUUCUGUUUACCAGAAGAUGCUCUAUCCGGUAGUCUUUCCAUAACGGAUGAAAUAAUGGAGCUACUGAACCAGAGAGGACUGCGGGCCGAGCCGCUAAAUGGAGAGUCCAAGGCUUCAGAGCUGGAACAGGCCCAGCCUGACAAUAAGGAGCAGGAAUCAGAAAAUUGUGUGUUGAGACAAUCCAGAUCUUCAGAAGACCUAGCCGAGAUCGAGAGAACAAGUUCCACCUCAUUUGAGACACCAGAAGUAUUUUUGAGUGGUGACUUAGCUCCCUCUGACUCUGUGGAUGAGCUUAGAAGUCUUGAACCAUGUCAAGAUGGCCCUGAGGUUCCUUUUUGCAUUGGCUCUUCAGACGAAGACGUACAGAAUAAACAGAAUGGAGAAUCCAUUGUAGAGGCAAAUACUCUGUUGGAGGUGCCAAGUCAAGCAGACGAUGAAGCCAUCGAUUGCAAAACAAAUGAGGAUAAACAUGAGAAGGUUCAGGUAUCAGUAUUACCCGGUAAAUCCUCCAAGCUUAAAGAAAAAGUUGAAGGGCAGGAAGUGGCUGAACUACAAAGUACAAAAAAAACCACUUCAGAAAAGAAAGAAAAAAACAUAAAGGCUAAAAGAGAUUCCACCUUGACCCCAGAUGACCGACUGCUGAUUGAAAGGAUCAAAAAUUACUAUGAGACAGCAGAUGCUGGCGCAUCAUAUCUAAGUAAGGAGGAGAGUAUCUCCUACAUUCCCACUGGUGUGGUGAAAGACUCGAUCUUAAGAUUCAAUUACAUUCUGCAGCAAGAGGUCAAGAAAGAUCGAGAAAAAAGCAAAUGCAAGACAAACGGGUGUGUUACUGAAUCAAAGCAAGCAAAUUGCCAAAGGAAGCCUCCUGCCCAAGCUGCUGAAGUAGCCAAAGUCAAAGUGGAAAUGAACAAGGAUGGACUGGAGCAGGAGUCGGAGUACAAGUCUUGUGCUGAGAUACGAAAGGCCUGGAAAGAAAAGGAGAAGCCGAAUAAUGCAGAAAUUGGAAGAGUGCUGAAAAGAGCAAAAUCGAGAAGAAAAGACAUGGAAGAGCCAAGUGGUGAACUGGUAAUUGUGGAAGAAUCUGAUUUAGAAAUUGGAGGUCAGCUGCCAAAAGAUGGUCCUCUGAAGAGGGAAUCGGUGAAGGAACAACAGAGACACAGCACAGAAGAAAAUAUCACCAAACAGGACUGUCACGUGAAGACAGCCAAGGAGGCCUUACCUGGUGACACGAGUAAAGCAACUUUGUGUUCUUCCGACAUCGGUCUCUAUGAAGGUGAUGAUAUAUGUCUGAUCGAAAACUCUGAGAAAAUCAUUAACAAAGUGCAACUGCUGGCAAAGAUGUACAGCGAAAAGAUUGGUAGGAUGAAGACUCAGAAAAAGAUUGGGGGCAACAAGACACUGGAGGCUCAGAAGAAAGCGGCAGUGAAAACCCUCCCUCAUGUCUCGGAGGAGAGUACUGGGAAGAGACAUAUGGCAGAGCCCCAGCUGUACGGGCAUCUGAUGAUCCAUGAAACUUUGCUUCAUAUUAACUGUGUUCAAGAAAAUGGUCUCAUCUUUCCAGCAACUCGUGAGAGCAUUUUGGAUCUUGUCAAAAAGGAGUCCCUAUUGACUCCUACCAAACCUACAAAGGAGCAAGUCCCAUUACCAAAGCAACCUGAAACAGAUGAAGUAGCUUUACCUGCCCCGGAAAGAUCUCCUACAGAAAUAAAGAGAUGUCCAGAGCACCUGCUUGAUGUCUGUAAACAGGAAAAUGAACUUUAUGUGAAAUAUGACUUUGCCCCUCAACCAGCACCAACAUCCAAUGAUACCAGAUCAGAUGAUAUCCAUGCAUCUAAACCAUGCUUAAAAGAAGACGAGAAGACAUCUGUAAACUGUGAUGAUUGCGAGGAAAGGGAAACAAGCGUAUUACAGAUCAAUGUACCUGAUAAAGUCAUCUUAAUGGCAUCAAAUACACUUCAUGAUGAACCAACACCAGUUGUUUCAGAAAUCCUCGAAUUAGAGCAAAAACGGGUUGAAUUAAUGUCAUCUGACUCAUCCAAGAACCAUAUAGAUACUCACUACACUAUAAAUACAGCAGGAGAAACUUUAGGUGAAGGUCCAGAGACUAUGGUUAUCAUAGAUACAAGCCAGCAUGUUGAUAUGUCGCCUAAUACCGCAGCCAAUAAUGAUGAUCCACAAACAGCUCUACUGGUUAUUGAAUCAUGCGUUCCUAACCAAGACUGCAAUAUUAGAGACACAAAAUCCCCAGUUCCUUCAAUCUCUCAAGAGAAUGAUGACCAUUCAAGCUCAGACCUUAACUGUGCAUCGUAUAAUACGCCUCCAAGUGACACCUCCGAAUCACAAAAAGUUCAGAAACCCAGGGGAGUCUCGCCAGCAGUUAUGGAUGUAAUGCAGCGUCUGCAGCUCGACUCAUCACUUUCUAUUCCAUCCUCCAAAAACGUAAACAGCUCAAAUAAACUAAACAUGGCCACUCGUUCAUCGUCCUUUAAGGGAAGCACUUCGACUGCCAAAGAAUUUCAAGGCAUAAUGAAGCCAAAGGCACAAAUUACGAGACAGAAAGCAGUUGUGGGGACCCCUGGCCUCUUAUCUCCUUCCAUUUUGCAAAGGAAAUUGUCUAGGGCAGUAGCAGCAUCCAAAAAUAACCUAGAGUCACAGAAGGCUCUUCCCAGAAAAAGCCCCAUGACAAAGUCUAGAAGUUCUGACAGCGACACACAUACUCCAGUCAUAAGGUCCCAAUCCUCUCUCCCUAGUCCAUCGCCAUACAGAAAUUCACUAUAUUCUGGACUUUUACUUAGUGAUCCAAAACCCAGAGCCCUUAAAAAUACAAUUUUGUCUGGGAACCGAAAAGAUGGUGAGGCAAGUCAGCUGGAUUCCAAAGUAACACAAACUACUUCAACAAAUGAAGGAUCACAUAAGCAUUUGUCUUCUGCCUACCAAAAGGGAAAUACGACAGAAACACCAGUUUGUCUUUCUCCAGGUUCACCAGUCCUCAUUGCAAUCCCUUGUCCUUCAUCUAUUAGACCAACACCAUCAUCCACAGUUUCUGAACCAAAUUCACGGGUUCAGUCCCCUUUGACAUUACGUUCUAGGAUGUUUUCUCCUCCCCCAAGUCAAAAUGCAGUAUGUCCUAAGUCUCCUCGUGUCCCUUCCUUCUCUAACACCAGAGCGUGUUCAUUUACUCCACUUUCCUUUAGUAAUCUGGAGCGUUCAUCUUCAUCAUCAGCAAACUCUACUCCAACUUGCACCAGUCCCCCACCUCAUCCCUGGUCUCCUGGAUUUUCUGCCCAUUCCAGGAGAUCCUUUGGAAGCAAUGCAUACAGCACUGGAGACAAUCCUAUCAGCCCAAGUUCACUGCAUUCACCGGUUGGGUCCUCCAGUGAAGAAAAUACAUUUUGGUGUUCAAGCAGAUCACCGCCAUGUUUGGCUUCCGAUUCGAAUUCCCAUACAUCUGGCAUCAGUACUCAUGAGUUAACCAGCAUCCACUGGCCUGAUGUCCAAGAACUACGUACAAAGUAUGGGCCCUUCAAAACACCGAAAUUUACAAAUUCGGAAAAGAAGUAUGAUUUGAAGUCUCCACCUUCUUUUAGGCAAAGCAAGUCUCUUGAUGAUAGAGCAGAUCUAUUCUCCAACACCAGUUCCCUGAAUUUUGCAGCGUUACAUUCCCCAACGGUAGUGCCUAGCGAAACCAUAGAGCAUUAUGAAAGUACAGAGAAGUUGGACUCUUCUGACACAAAAGAAAAAGCCACCUUAAAGGCAAGUUAUUCCACCACUGUUAACAUACAAAUUGGUGGAAGUGGCCGAAUUGCAUCUUUUAGCAAUGCCCAGGUGAGUCUUACGCAUCCCCUGCUCCAAGCUCCAGAGACACUCUCUUCCAGGAAGAUAAACAUUAAUGGAAGCACCUUAGAGCAUAAAAAUGUGAAUUACAGGAAAAAAUAAGGAGGGAGGGGACUUCAAUAUAUGAAACGUGUCCUCUAGAUUAGAGGAGGAACAAAGAAGAACAAUGAUACCAAAGAUAAGACACAACAAUAUACCAGUCUGCACUUUCUUUCUAUGUAGAGCAUUCUUAUCAUGUGCCAAUAUGGCGGGCCACAAGACGGUCAGUCAGUAGGACUUAAUAGUAGGAGGUUCAUUGAAGUUGCACUUAACAGUGAACUUUUUGCUGAAAAGAUCUGUGGUAAGGUCUUUGUAUUGUCAAACAUACACCAAAGAAAAAAUAUGUUAAUCUUCUGUACAUACCCUUCACCACCCCCAUAAAGUUACAGACAUGAGACAAUAUUUCACAGGAAUCAUUUAUUGCAUUAAAUUCUGUCUCAUAGUACAGAACUUAAGAAUAAUGGGAAAACUUUAUUGGGUAUAAAUAGAAAACAGUAAUUAUGAACGUAAAAAUGUGCCAUAUGGAAAAAAAAAAGAAUUCAUCAUAGACAUGUAAUUUUGUCUACGAUACGGGAACAAUGUCGUAUUUCGAUUCCUUGGGUCUGCCAAAAGAUUACAUCUUGAGGAUAUAUUAAGUCUGGGUUAUGAGUGGGUUCUUCUUCUGGUCUUUAUAAGUCCUGUUGUAGCAGGGCCAGUGUAUGUCAGCUCUUGGGCCACCCAGAGGAACCACUUGUCUUCUUGUGGGCAGGUCCGGCACAGAUCAGGAUACUUUAAUUCUGUAAUGUGAAUCUACCGCUCUUCUUACCAUACCAACCUGUGUUUACAUGAAAGGGCAUUGUGGAAUUCUUUGAGCAGAUACAGAUUAUAGAAGCAGUACAUGAGGCAAUGAUUUUGGGCACGUUUUCUUCUUGAACAAGUACUUCUUACGUAGUAAAAGGUCUGUGGAGUUAUGAUGCUAGUCUUAGAGGGGUACUCCACUGGCCAGCGGUUGGAACAUUUAGUUCAGAACGCUGUGCGGGGGUCGGCCACACCCCCUCGUGACAUCACACCACACCCCCUAAAUGCAAGUCUAUGGGAGGGAAGAUUAAGAUUUUUAACAGAAGUAAUUUCCAAAUCUCAAAGGAGGUAGUGCGGCACUGCGUGAGUGUGCUGGAUUAGGAAUGGCAGGUGGGAGUUGGUGUAGCUGUAAUGCCUCUGGUGGUGCUCAGAUACUAUAAUAAGCAAAGUUCAUAAUAUCCGUGAAGAGAAAUGAAAAUAUCAUCACUCACCAGUGUGGCUGCAGGGUCUUCUUUAUUGAGACAUACUCACAUGCAGGGUACAGAAGAGAGGGGAGUGGGGGGACAAGUGGUGGCGACCGAGCUCUAGUUUCACACACUUGGUGUGCUUCGUCCGGCCAUCAAAUCUGUUUAACUUUCUGGCACCAGUUGAUUUAAAAAGAAAAUGACGUCAUGAGCCCCGACACCCGCACUCAGUAUUUGGAACAAAAUGUUCCGAACGAUGAGGCAGUGGCGUACCCCUUUAAAGAAUACCUGUUAUUGUUGUUUAGGGGUUUACGCUUUAAGACUCACUAAAAAUCUGCAGAGAAAGCCAUUGAAAUGAAUGUGUGAAUAGUUAUUAUAAGGAUGAUGACAAUCAAAUAUCAAAGGGUUAAUUGAAUCUUGACAUUUAUGGCAUAUCCACAUAAUGGGGAUUAUUUACUAACGUGAUCCCAACUCUUUUUCUCUCGGGUUUUGCGCCCAAAUUUGUUAAAAAAAAACAACUCCAUUUUACAAGAAAUAAAAACUGAAAGGGGGCGUGGUCACAGGAUAAAUGGGGUGCAGUCCCAACAAAAGGGGUGUGUCCUUGACAGUUUUGAAAAAUCCCCAAAUAUUUACUAAGGUUUCCACAGAAAAUGUGGUGGAUUUGAGCUGAAGAAUCAGAACAGUUGUAAAAAAAAAAGCAAAGUAAAUACCUUGGGAAAAUAUUUGUCGGAAAUCAAAACCAACAAAGAAAACUACACAACACUCUAAGUAAAUAAACCCCAAUAUGUCAUACAUGCAUGAUGAGGGUCCCACCUCUGAAGAAGAGUCUCACAACCCCGUCUGGAUGGAUUUUUGCAGUCGAGGUGGUAGAAAACAGUCUAUCAGUGAUUGGGGAAAACACAACUGUCGUUAAAGGGGUAUUUCCAGGAAAAAACUUUUCUUUUAUAUCA